AUGACCAAGCAUCAGCCAUUCAAAGAGGUCGAAGCAACAAGACCGGACUUUCAUUCUGACGUCGAUCCGUCUUUUACCAAGACUCCCAACCCCGACUUCAAACCCGGGCAAGGAUUGAAUAACCUUCCCAGCGCCGGUGACUUCAGCCCCACCGAGAAGGGGUGGAAGUCUAUCAUUCCCGAAAAUGAGGCAGGGGCAGAUGUGUACAAGAUGAUGAUCUCGGCCAUCACUCCUCGGCCUAUAGCCUUCGUUUCAAGCCUUGGAGAUGAUGGCAAGGCUAACCUGGCUCCCAUAUCUUACUUCAACGCUGUCAGCCAUGACCCUCCUACGAUCAUGAUCUCUAUAGCUGCUGGUCAGCGAUCAGAUGGCCUCAAAGAUACUAGUCAUAACAUCAAGGACACCAAAGAGUUCUGUGUCUCAAUCAUCUCCGAGCCCUUCAUAGAGGCCGCCAACUACACCUCAAUUGAUGCACCACCCGAGGUAGACGAAUGGGCGCUAUCUGGACUGACCCAGCGCUCUUCAGAGACUGUUAGCCCUCCCCAUGUGGCCGAGUCCGCCUUUUCAAUGGAGUGUGAGGUCAGCCAUUGGCAUGACUUGGUAGGCAGUCAAGGGAAAACGACUUCAUCUGUUAUCCUGGGCAGGAUCAAGCGCUUUCAAGUGAGGGAGUUUGUGGUCGAUCCCGAGGAUCCUAUGAAGAUUCGCACCGAGCAAUUGCGUCCUGUCUCCAGACUGGGAGGUAUCUCCUACUCACGCAGCACACAAAUAUUGGAGCUUCCUCGACCAGUCUGGAAGCAAGUGCAGGAUACCCCUGAAGUCAAGGAAGCGCUCGAACAGGGCGCGAAGAAGCAAGGCGCACCUGCCAAGUAG